CGUUGACGACGCGCCGCUCCUAGCCGCCCGCUGCUCUGUGGCCACCACGCCUCCACAAAUCCAAACCUCAUUUCCGCUUCCGCGCCAUAAGCCCCACCAACUACACGGGUCACUCGCCACGCCCCUCGCCCUCGCCAGCCGCCACCGCAACGACGUGCCCGCAGCCCAUGGACGACGUGUGGCCGUGGCUGGCCUCCGUGGCGCCGCUUCCCUCUGCGGCGGCGCCCGACUCGCCGCCGCGGCCCUGGUUGCUCCCGCUCGCCGCCUCGCCCGACGGCGACUCCAUCGUCCUGCAGGUGCACGCUGCUGCCACUGCCUCCGCGUCUCCAUCUUCCGCCGGCGGCGGCGAGCCCGCGAGGCUCGUCGCUUUCUCCCUCGCCGUCAGCGUCGCCGGCGGCGAGGCGCGCGCGCUGUGGGCGUCCGACGCCUUCGCGGCGGCGUCGCCGGUCCCGCUUCGGCUGCGGCUGCUGGUCCAGCUGCUCAACGAGGUGCUCGCGCUCUCGCCGUACGUUCCCUGCCUGGGCGCGACGAGCGCCGUCGGUGGCGCCGGGGACGCGUUGUCCGAGGCCUGGCUGGACGCGGACGUUGUCUCCGCCGCUGUCGGGGCGGGCGGCACCGACGCCUCUUCCGCGCCCGCCGCGGCCUUCUUCUCGCUGGCCCUCCUGCUGCGGCUCUUCUGGUUGUGCGCGCUCGACGCCCCCGCGGACGCAGGCUACCUCUUCUUCCGAGACCUCGGCGCUGGGAUCGAGCGCGCGCUCGGCGAGUGCCCGCCGGCGCUCGGCGCGUUCCUGCGCGCCGUCGGACCGGACGUCGAGGAGCGGUUCAUGCGCUCGCUCGGGUACAUGCUCGCUAAGUGGUGCCUGCUGCGGGAGAUUCAGGCCGCCGGGUCGGCCGCGGCCAAGCCGGCGCCGCAGCAGGAGCCGCGCCACCGUCGCGCGCUCCCCGCCGCGUGCCUGUCGUACGCCGCCGAGGUGCACGGGCUCUGGAUCCUCAAAGGCUACGCACCCGUGCUGGCGAUGCCGCGCGUCACGGGCCCCGCGUCCGCGUCCAUCGCGGCGUCGCCGCACGAGGUGCCCGAGGAGCCGGCGCUGCGCUACGGCCUGGUGCACCAGCAGCUGGAGGCCGUGGCGCAGCUGGAGUACGCGGUGCGGGUGCGCGACAGGAGGUUCCUCACCGUCUCCGUGCGCGUCGACAACGUCCGGGUGCGCGUCGCGCGGCUCGCGUUCCGGAAGGACGACGACGCGGGCGGCGCCGAUGACGACGAAGAUGCCUGCGGCGGCGCCGACAUCAUGGACGGCGAGCGCCAUUUCCCGUCCCGCAUCCGGAUCUGGGUCGGCCCGCGGUUCGGCGCGUCCUACGCCACCGGCCCGAGCCUCGGCCGCUCGACCGGGAACCCAGAACGCGACGUCGAGAUGACGCGCACGGUCAAGGGCGCCUUCUCCGGCCCCACCAAACUCGCCAACGGCAACAUCAACGGCGGUGUCGCGUCGCCGAGGGUGAAGGCCAAGAUACGGUCGUCGGCGCGGGCGCGCACCCGGAGCUGGCGGUGGGAGCAGGAGGCCGAGGGCAGCGCCGGCGUGUUCGAGGGCGUGCUGUGCGACCCGGUCUCCGGGACGGAGGUGUCGGCGUGGCGCCCGGGCGUCGCCGGCACCGGGGCAGGCGACCCGCGGAACGGCAUGCGGCGGCGGUACGGCGGGCCCGGGCGGGCGUUCAGCAAGAUGCGGGGGCUGGUGGUGGCCGGUGACGAGCUGCCGGAGGAGAUGACGUGGAGGGUGGGGAGGGAGCAGGAAGGCAGGACGCUGCGGUGGCGCCUCGGGCUCAAGGUGUGGGUGAGCUACCUGCCCAACGAGUCCAGGAGCCGCCACUUCGAGACCAGGUGCGUCGAGUGGGCGCACGAGGUGGAGCUGCCGCUCGUCCCCAUUGACGGCGACGAGAGUUUUUGAGGAUUAUGGCGGCGAGAGUUGAGGGUUGAUCGAACUUUCACCUCUCCGCUUAUUUAGCAAUGUAAAACAGAGAGGCACUGUAGAGCAAUACUCCUAGAUACAUACUCCUGUAACAAUGACGUGUAGAUUUGCAGAACAAGUGCUAUACAUGCGGGUGUUCAACCUCCAAGUUCACCGAAA